AUGGCUUUCAUACAACAAACAAUGUCUCAAUUCACUUAUUGUUUUGACUCUCGCUUUGGAGAAAAAACCCCUUUUUCUGCAUCGACAGAAAAUGAUUCUUUUUCCAAUGAUUUGGUUCGUGCGCAGAUGUUAUUAGAAUAUCUAAACAUUAAAGAAGAACCAAAAAAGACAAUCGACGAAACCGAAUCUUGUUUCGAUCCAAACACAUUAUAUUUUGAUGAUUUCGACGGCGCAUACAUCAAAGAAGAAACUGCCGCGGAAUAUCAUCAUCCACAUCAAUACCACGAACAGAAUGAUAAUUUCGGUCAAGACUAUUCAAGUGAUUAUUAUUCGGACGGUAAAUCUUCAACAGACGAUGAAAGUUUACACACAAUCGACGACAACGAUAGUCUCACGCAUCCUUUCCACCGGACCACUAACUCCGAAUAUACCUACGAAAAUAAAUAUAACAAUGAUAAUUGUAAUUCAUACGUCUCAAUUGAUGAGUGGAAGAAAAAUUCACUUUAUGACACCGAAGAGGAACUCACUUCAAAUUUUGAAAUGACCUCUCAUAAGCGGUAUCGUAUAUCUAUGAUUAUGCAUUACGAGCGUCAAUUACGACAAAUGGAACAGGAAAUGGAGGAUCGGUUAAUUGAGCAAGAAGUGUCCGAGUGGAUGGAUUCAGUGGAAGGUUCUACCACGACAGAUUUUGAACAAUAUUAA